AUCGCAACACCAACCACAUAAAAAGCUUGCUACUCACUCCACCCCAUCCUUCCACUCCUAAUUGUCUCUAUAUAAACCAGACGCUGAAAGUCUGGAUCCAACCACUUUAACCACCUUCUCACUUGAUAAUCUUACAGUCGAAAGAGCAACAAUGCUUUGCCAACCAGCUUUCAUGCUUCUUCUCUGCACUUCUCUUACACUUGCUUCUCUUUUCCCCUACGGAUGGGGAGCAAAAUGCAGUACCAAUGAGGAAGCUCCAACAGUGCAACAGACCCAGGUGGAGUUUGGAAGCUCUCCAAAAUUCAUGGUACAAGUGAAUAACAAGUGCCCAAUGUGCCCAAUCAUCAACGUCCAUUUGAAGUGUGGAAGCUUUCCUCAAGCUCUGGUGAAUCCCCGGCAGCUCAAGGUGCUUGCCGUCGAUGAUUGUGUAGUCAACGGCGGGUUGCCGUUGGCACCUCUGCAGACGUUUUCCUUCAAUUACUCUCACCCAAAGUAUCUCAUGUAUCCUAAGAUUUGGUACUUUCAAUGUGAGUGAUUUGAUGUAAUUAAGUAAUUAAUUAGCAGACACUAAUUUCCUUUGCUUUUAGUACAAUUUGUUAGUUCA